AUGUGCCGAUCCUUCGCCCGCGAGCUGGUAGGGCGGGGUGGUCGGGCUUACGGGAUCCGCCGUCACGAAUCGGCGGCGCUCGAGAACAGCGGCAGCCGCAGCCGCAGCCGCAGCAAAUCCCUAGAGGACGAGGAGGAGCGUCCGAGGGACAGGGGCCACCGUGGCAAGUCGAGGAGGCGUGAGGAGGGGAGUGAGAGCUCCGGCGAGUACUCGGCCGAGAGGCGGAAGCGGCGGAGGAAGGAGAAGGAGCGGCGGCGGCGGCGGCGGAGCAGGAGGAGCCGCAGCGAGAGCUCGGGCUCGUCGGAAUCGGAGUCCGAGUCGUCGUACUCGGGUUCCAGCGCCGAGUCGGAGAGCGAGCCGGACUCGGAGGAGGACAGGCGGAGGAGAAGGCGGCGGAGGAGGAAGGAGAAGGAAGAGGAGGAGAGGAGGCGGAGGAGGAAGGACAAGGAGAAGAGGAAGAGGAAGGAGAAGGAGAGGGAGAGGGAGAAGGGUAAGAAGAAGAAGAAGGAGAAGAAGGAUUUGGGGAAGAAGACUGCGGUGACCAACUCGUGGGGCAAGUAUGGCAUCAUCCGUGAGGUUGAUAUGUGGAACAAGCGACCAGAGUUCACUGCAUGGUUGUUAGAAGUCAAGCAGGUUAAUUUGGAGGCAUUGUCUAAUUGGGAAGAGAAACAGAUGUUUAAGGAAUUCAUGGAAGACCACAAUACAGCCACAUUUCCAUCAAAAAAAUAUUACGACUUAGAUGCUUACCAUCGCCGAAUGAUGGAGAAAGAGCAAAAGAAUGGUUUAAAGAAUGCUAGCGUGGUAGCAGUACGAACAGUAUUUAAUGAUGAGGAACAACGACGGCUAGAACUGUUAAAAGAACGUGAACGUCGAAAGGAGGAAGAAAUCACAGCUCUAAAGUGCUCAAUGCAAACUGGAAUGGCUCAAGCGAUGAAGCAGCAGUCCCUUCUACGCGAGGAAAUGAUGUUACAGUACAAGUUGGGAAAUUUUGAGGCUGCAGCUGCAAUCCAGAAAAGGCUGGACCCUGAUGCUCCCCCGCAAUAGAUGACUUGUGGACAGUCCAAUCCCCUGGAGUUCAUUACUUGAACAUCUUCAUGAACACUGCAGAAUGAGCAAAAUACCGCUGUUCGUUUGCACACAAAAAAUAUAUUGCGCCAGCUUGCAAAAUGCUUGGACUGUACCUGUAUAAUUUUUGAAUUUUUUGCUCGGUUGUUUCACAUGGUGCUAGCUGUAUCCAUCAGUUUAGUAUGAUUAGCUGCAAUACUUUUGAAAGUUCUCCAACUGUUGUUCUAUAGAUGUCUUAAUGUAUGUGGAUCGCUGUGUCAACCUGUACUCGCGAGCUGUUGGCUGAGGCCUGAUAGCAGCUCUGCUACCACCGUUCAGCCCGGAAUUUUGUAAGCAAACAAAUUUUAAACAAUGCACUGCUCAUGUUUGUCG